AUGGCGUCUGCGCAGGUGCAGAUCUGCACACAGUCUGCAUUCUACAACAUUUCUUGCUGCAAAACUCCAACAAGAUCACAAACCUUACCAGCCUGUCCCCUUCCAGUUUUUCCAAGAUCUCCUAGCAGAGUGGUCGCAAGACAGUUUCUUGAGAAGUCUGCGUUCUCUGGGUUGCAACUAGCACAGUCUAGAGGCAAAGUUCCCCUCGUCAGACCCAGGGUGGUGCAAGUGCGAUCAUCUGCUGAGGUUGUUGAAGCCAAGGCACCAGCGGUCACAACAAAAACCAUCAAGGUGCAUUACUACAGAAAGGACCAGCAAUAUCAGGGGUGGGGCUUGCACCUGUGGGGCGAGGCGACAACCGAGACCCCUUGGCACGCGCCACUGGAGCCGGCAGGAGAGGACGGGUUCGGCGUCUUCUGGGAGGUGGAGCUGCUCGAGCAGGGGGGGACCGCAGAAUUCCUGGUGCACCGGGGGGACGAGAAGGACGCAGGCGGAGCGCUGUCUGGCUUCAGUGGCCCCGAAGUGUGGCUCGUUUCUGGGAAGCCGAACCUCUAUAUCGAGCAGCCGGAUCCAGCAAAUAUGCCGCAGGGUGACCUAUCCUCUGCCAAGGCGCUGUGGCUGUCGAAGGACGUCAUAGCCUGGAGCGUGGACCCGGCAGAUGCCAAUGGGAGCCCAAUCGAGUAUUUCCUGCACGCCUGCAAGGACGCCGAGCUUGAGAUUAACGCAGAUGGAAUCCAAGGUGGCAUCGAGCCGAUCAAACUUGAAGUCGAUUCAGCCGGGCUGCCAUCCGAGGCGCUCGCGAAAUUCCCCUACACAAAGGGGCUCACCGCCCUCCGCGUUCCGGAAGGUGUGGACGUCCGGACGCUGGUCAAGGGGCAGGUGGCAGUAUCUGCGUCCGCAGGCGGACGUCCGUUGGACGCCACGUCGGUGCAGCUGCCGGGCGUGCUGGACGACCUCUUCGCUUACGAUGGACCGCUGGGGCUUCACUUCGCAGCGGACACCGUCAGUCUAGCGGUUUGGGCUCCCACAGCGAAGUCUGUGCGUCUUGUUUUGUACAAAGAGCCGAAGGGCGAUGAGGCCCUGUCAACAGUCCCCAUGGAAGACAACGAGUCUGGCGUCUGGUCUGUCACGGGCCCAAGGAAAGAUUGGGAGGGCCUCUACUUCCACUACGAGGUCACGGUGUUCUGCCCGUGGACGAACAGGAUCGAGACGAGCCUCUCGACCGAUCCUUACUCGAGAAGUCUGUCAGCAAACGGAGAGCGCUCCCAGAUCGCUGACGUCACCUCCGACGCGCUCAAGCCCUCCGGGUGGGGGUCGCUCGCCAGCGAAAAACCCCCCCUGACGGCAUUCAAGGACAUCUCCAUUUACGAGCUGCACGUGCGAGACUUUAGUGCGUCCGACGAGACUGUAGGCCCGGCGGUCCGAGGGGGGUACCUGGCAUUUGCAGAGGAGGGCACCGCCGGCACUGCGCACCUCAAGAGCCUCGCCGACGCGGGUUUGACGCACCUGCACCUCCUGCCAUCGUACGAUUUCGGCUCCGUCAACGAGGAUAAGGACACGUGGCAGUCGCCGGGCGACCUGGCUGGCUACGCCCCAGACGGAGAGGAGCAGCAGGCGGCCGUGACGGCGAUCCAAAACGCGGACGGCUUUAACUGGGGGUAUGACCCGGUCCACUACGGCGUGCCGGACGGCAGCUACGCGUCCGAUCCGGACGGCACGGCCAGGAUCUUGGAGUUCAGAAAGAUGGUACAGGGCAUCAACCGGCUGGGGCUGCGAGUCGUUUUGGACGUCGUCUACAACCACGUGUUCUCCACCGGGCCCGAGAGCGUGCAAUCAAACUUCGACAAGAUCGUUCCCGGCUACUACGUGCGGCGCAACCUGGACGGCCAGAUCGAGAACAGCACGUGCAUGAACAACACCGCGAGCGAGCACUACAUGUUCGGACGCUUCAUCGUGGACGACCUGCUGCACUGGGCCACGCAGUAUAAGGUGGACGGAUUCCGCUUCGACCUGAUGGGCCACAUCAUGAAGGACACGAUGCUCCGGGCACGUGACGCGCUGCGGAGCUUGACCGCCGAGAAAGACGGAGUCGAUGGGGCAAAUAUUUACCUGUACGGCGAAGGGUGGAACUUCGGGGAGGUGGCGGGAAACAGCCGGGGCGUCAAUGCUGCGCAGCUCAAUUUGGCCGGGACGGGCAUUGGGAGCUUCAACGACCGGAUACGAGAUGGUAUCAUGGGCGGUUCGCCGUUCGGCGACAUCCAGGCGCAGGGCUACUUGACGGGGCUCUACCUGCGACCAAAUGAGCUUGAUCAGGGGAGCGCGGAUGGGCAGCGGGAGGGGCUCCAGUCGCAGACGGACUGGAUCAAGGUCGGUCUGGUGGGCAAUUUGGCGAGCUACUCGUUCACGUCCUACACGGGAGAAGAGAAACGUGGCGAUCAGGUAUUUGGCAACGGAGGGGACCCCGUCGGAUACACGGCGAGCCCAGACGAAGUGAUCAACUACGCAUCCGCACACGACAACGAGACGCUGUUUGACAUCAUCAUGCUCAAGGUCGCGCGGGGAGUGACGCUGGACGAGCGCCUGCGACUGAACCACCUAGCAACCAGCAUCAUUGCACUCUCCCAGGGCAUCCCUUUCUUCCAUGCCGGCGACGACACCCUCCGCUCUAAGUCCUUGGAUCGUGACAGUUACAACUCCGGCGACUGGUUCAACCGCCUUGACUGGUCGUACGAGAGUAACAACUUUGGCGUAGGCCUGCCUCCGAGAGAGAAGAACGGCGAGAAGUGGGACAUCAUGCGGCCGUUGCUCGCUGACCCCUCCCUCAAGCCCACCAAGGAGCACAUCCUGGCCGCACGAUCCAACCUGCGCAACCUGCUGGCCGUCCGAUACUCUUCCCCGCUGUUCCGUCUUGGCUCCGCAGCAGCGAUCCAAGAACGCGUCACCUUCUACGACUGCGGUCCAAGCGCCACCCCCGGCGUGAUUGUCAUGGGCAUCAACGGCGGGGACUCGGAGCCGGUCUGCGACAACUUCAAGCAUGCUUUGCUGGUCUUCAACGCGUCUGCCGACGCGUAUGAGAAGCAGAUUGAGGGUUUGCAAGGACACGCUUUCCGGUUGCAUCCCACUCAGGCCGAGUCCAACGACCCUGUGCUCGAGUCGGCGUCAUGGAACUCCGAUUCGGGAACUUUUGUCGUCCCCAAGUACAGCUGGGCUGUAUAUGUCGAAAGAAGAUGACAGCAGACUGUGCGUUGUUCUAGCUUCUACUUCAUCGAAGAAAAGACUCCAAACUGAUUGAUUAUAGCACACGACAAACGGGUUGACUACAGCACUGCAAUAAGGAGACAGCAGCGGUAAAGCGAAUCUGGUUGACGCACGCGCUAUGCAAAGGCAGAGCAAGCUCCGACAACGCAGCCACUUACUCGAUCUGUAUUGCUCACCCUUGGAGGUAUCCAUUGACUACCUUCCCUUCCUAUUAUAGACUGCUAGACCGUGGGACGUACGGCAACUAUGGCGGCCAGCUUGUUAGACAUUGUAAUGCAUGAUUCUUCAUGCAAAG